AAUUGUGUUUAUGUAAACUUAGAUCUAUUCAUAGCCUCCAAACAGAAUACCUCCUAGUAUCUAUUGACUAACCAUGCGGAGCUGAAGGGUUCAAUUCUGUGUCCAGUCAACAUUGGACAUAGAGAGAUAGAGAGCAGUGGUACAAGGAUUUCUCCUCCUGUGUACAUUUCCUGCAUAAUGCAUAGAUGUGAAUGCACAAGUCAGCACUCAGGAUGGGGAGCAUAUUCUCAAAGACAAUGGAAGAGAAUCUAAAGAAGAACCAAGAAUUCAUUACUGAAAUGAAUAAAAUCUCCGUAGAACGCCAGAUUCAGAUGCAAAAUCAGAUGCGUGAGAGAAUGAUGGCAAUGCAGGUAGCUCGGGCCAGAGAACUCCUAUACUGGUUUGGCUCAUUUUAUGUUCUGGCUGCCCUGGGGAUGAUAGCUGGGUUUCGUCGUACAAGAAAGCCCGGAGUUCUCGCACCUUUACUGCCUUUGUCAUUUGUUGUAGCCUAUCAAGCAGACAUGGCUUAUGGAAACAAAUUGCACAGAAUUAGAUCGGAGGCUGAAAACAUAAUGCAGUUUGAGAUGGAUCUGUUGGAGUUGCCAUGUGGGUUACCAUCAGCAUCAUCUAUUGAUCAAGCCAGACUGGACAAUGACGAAAGGAAGAAACUUCACCCAUCGGUGCCUCCGCUAUAAACGAAACCUCUGAUGCAGAAUAUAGAGACAGUUUUGUUAACACAGGUGUCCCAUUAGUCUGGAACCAGAAGUAAUACUGACAUUUUUACUAAAUGUUUUUACUAGUUCAAGAGAAUGGCAUGAAUUGUGUGUGUUCACUGUAAGACACCAUUCAGUGAUAAUUGGCCUUGAAGAUGCUCAACAUCACAUACUUUCACAACAUACUUCUGGCUUUCAGAUUGCUCUGCAGAUAAAUGUCAUUGAAGGUCAGGGAAUCAUAGUUACUUUCCUAUGGCAUUUAUAGGUGCUCACACCUCACACAAAACAAAGAAACAAACAAACAGCAAUGAUAACAACAGUUCACUUCUUUCAUCAUUUACAUCUUUACUUAACAGCCAAAGACCAAAUUAUAAAGUAAUCAAGAUCAAAAAAGAAAGAAAGAAAGAAAAAGAAAACACACACAAACAGAAGACAAAAGAAGGAAACUGUAUCAUUUAGACAAUAAUAACAAUUGAAUUAGUGCUGCCAUUAUGCAAUGAGAAAGAAGUACGUAUAGAUUCAUAUCAAAUUCAGUUAACAUUUUAAUAAUUAUGCAAGUACCAUAUAAAAUAUGAAGAGAAACCAUUUUGGUUCCAUAUUCAUUAGUGUCCUGACAGAUAACAUCAGUAGCAGGACAAUUUUGCAUGAACGUAGAAGAGUCUCGAUAUACUGAGGAGGAACUUGAAGGCCAACAGUUUACAACAGGCAAGAACAGAGUUUAGAAUCAAGGUAAACAUGAGUAUGGACCAGUGCAACAAGGUACAUAAGAUGUGCAAUUUUAAGUACUCUAAAAGCAUAAACAUCACUGUAAUGGACAUGUAGAAAGACAUGAUUAAAGCAUAUGGCUGUAGACUUCUGCUGGAUGUGUUCCAAUUUGUUGACAUCAGUAGUAAGUAGGUGUAUUAGAAUUCCAAACAACAGAAGCAUAUUCAAGCUUAGAUCUAACUAUGGUGAAACAUAAUGGGCAGUUCAGAAAAGGGAAGGAAGGAAACGUAUGCUGCAAACUAGACCCAGCAGCUUAAUAUACUGAGAAAGUAUAUAGUUAACGCUAUUAGUUUGGAAUAUUUAGAAAUUUAAAAUCCCUUUGCUGGACAGUUUCAAGUGAUGUUAAGAAAUGUAAUAAUCUCCAUAGUUUUAUGUAAAAAUGUGGAAUUUGCAAAGAAAAAUGUAAGCUUGCCUUGCAAAAGAAAGUCUACUUGUGAUUGGCUGUUAGAGGAUACCAUGAUUCUAAAUAUUGAGGCCAGUACUGCAGAAUAAUGGUCUACAAGUAAAGAUAAAGUAACGUACACAUAAACACAGUCAACUUUCCAUCAGAUGAACUAAGUUCAUGUAACAGGCUCACUUCCAGUGGUAAUUGUACCCUAAAGAGAGCCCCACAUCAUACUUCCAGCUGUAUAAUGUAGGCUUUGCAGUUUGAUGCUACAGCUGGCCCACAAAUCUUAUUUGGGCUAAAGAGACAUAAGGCAGAAUCUAUACCUACACAGGUAAUUUGGGCAUGGUAAUUGCGAUAAAUAAAAACAUUCGAUAGCUAAAGGUUUUCUAGACUUUGAUUUCUUUCUUAAGGGUAAGAUCCACAUAGCAGUCAUGGCAGAAGCCGUAAUAUUUCACUUUUAGUAGCACAGUUAAUUCACACUGCACUCUUGUGGUUGGUACUGUGGGUAUGGCAUAAUGUUAGACCUGAGUUGGCAGCAGAGUUGCUUGAGAUGAAUUUGAAUCUGAAAUUUUUAUACAAAGAGGUCAGUAAAUUUAAAUUGAUACACGAUUGGAGUUUUCUGAGAAACACAUCUGCCUCAUCUGAAUUUGAAAAUGCCAGUCAAGAUGCUUGGAUCUGUGUUGUGUCCCUCUUUCAAAGUUAUGAGGUCCUUUGAUGUGGAUGUUGAUACAGAUCUCACAUUAGCCAGUGCCUUAUUUGAACAAAGCUCCCUUACCCCUUAGUUUGACUACCAGCGCUGCUGGUCAGCUAAGCGAAAGUUGUAUAGUCCCAGAGCUCAACAGAAUUCCAGCAAAUGGACGAACUUAUUUCUGAUGUUAUGUCAUGAGGGUAAUAUGUGGUCUGUUAAAGUUGAA